GAUGCAUGAAGCUGCACUUGACGUGUGAUAGCGAACACCUUGCUUUCCAAGUGUGAGGAAAAGGUUCCACUGAUAGAGGAGCAUAUUUGGUUUGGGGGAGCAGCUGGGAUUUUUAGACCUUUUUUUUACCUUUUUGAACAACUUCCAUCCGCAGACAUCAUGUGCACAGGAGCCUGUUCGAAGUUCAUCGCCGUCCCGCUCUACGUCAUGGCGGCGGUGUCGAUCAUCUGCAACAUCAUGCUCUUCUUCCCUGGCUUUGAAACAAAGUAUUCAGCCGAAGACAUGGAUGGAGAGCUGCGCAUCACCGAGGAGGUCAAAUAUAUGGCGGGCCUGAUAGGAGGAGGAAUCAUGGUCCUCAUUCCUGCCAUCCACAUUCACCUGACCAGUGCUAAGAACUGCUGUGCCAACCGCUGUGGGAUGUUCCUGUCCAUUGGUUUUGCAGCGGUUGGUGUGGCGGGGGCCGUGUACAGUCUGAGUGUUGCUGCCCUGGGCCUUGCCAACGGGCCAACAUGCUUGUGGAAGAACGCAGACAACCCCACUGAAGAAUGGGGGACGCCCUUCGCUAACGGUAACGGGAGCUACCUGUCCGACAAGGAACUGUGGGAUUGGUGUAUAGAGCCGGAGAAUGUGGUUGAAUUCAACGUGGGUCUGUUCUCCACUCUGCUGGUGGCGGCGUGCGUGGAGCUCGCCCUCUGUGUCAUCCAGAUGGUCAACGGACUAUUUGGAUGUCUCUGUGGAACCUGCGGCAAGGAGUGAGCUCAACCACAACACACCAUGACUUCUUGAAGAAGAAAUGACAGGGAUCAUCAUCAUCAUCAUCAAAACGUGCUGCACGGCUGGGCGAUGAGAUAGGGGUUGAGAUUCUUCACUAACGCAGCGUAGCCACUGUUCAUCUGUCCAAAUCAUCAGCGUUGUUUUAAAUUCUUCAAGAGGAAUGACUCGGGUGAUCCACGAAUUAUUGCUUCCUCAACUAUUUCCUUGUUCUGAUCGUAGACUGUAGAUGGUGAAAAAAAAAACAACUCUGGAUGUCUGCUGUAUUUGUAACUUAGUAUGUUUAAAAAUAUUUUGUAAUAAAGUUCUGAACAUAAGCUAACAGAAGCGAUAGCAAGAGGCUUUAGAAUAAUGAACUGAGUCUAUUUGUAUUGUUGAUGUCCAGAAUACAAUUAACCAUCAUAUCAGGGAUACACAUCAAAAGAUUGUCGUCUAAAUUCUAUUUUUGAGGUUUCAUAACUACGAUAGAUGCCUUAACAGAGUUCCAGUAACGUAGCAUAGUUACAGAUUAAACUACUCAAGUGUAAAAGUCGAAGGUAAAAUCAACUCUGCUUCCACCAGCUACAACAUUUAUAUAAUAAAACAAUAAAAUAUACACAAUUUGAUUGGAUUCUGUUUUAUCAGCCAAAUAUAGACAAAACUGGGAAAAAUGUAAUUA